AUGGCAUCGAGUUUGUCAGCAAUGGCCUAUGCGUUGGGCGGCUGUAUAUUACCGAUUGUGGUCUAUAUAACCGGUCAUUGGGUUCUAUUAGCGGUGUUUCAGUUUGCGAUUACGAUUCCCAUCAUUAUAUUCUGGAGAAUCCGCCUCUUGGCUCAUAACACAGAAAAGAAAGUGGGCGAAGAGUGCGAAAGAAAAACAAAUUCUUGCGGACGAAAGGACUCCGUCUAUGAUUUGGUGCGAAUCCCAGAACUACUGAAACAGACAUUGAUUUUAACGCUGUUAAUAGUGGCUAAUGUUGUCGCAUAUUAUGGCCUAUAUUUAAAUGCCCUUAACUUUCACGGCAACGAAUUGACGAAUUCAUUUCUAUUGAGUUUAGUUGAUUUGCCGGCUCUAUGUCUGGGCUGGUAUCUCAUCGAAGGCAGACUCGGCCGCCGAUGGACUAACACAAUAUCGCUAAUGUUUUGCGGUAUAAGUCUAUGCGUUCCCGCAUUUGUUGAUCCCUCGCAAACAACUAUAAUUACGAUAAUGUCAUUACUGGGAAAGAUGGGAACCGCCGUCUCAUAUAUGGUUAUAUAUCAACAAUCGGCAGAAGUAUUCCCGACAACUCUUAGGAGUGAAGGAAUGGGCAUUUGCUCGACAGCCGGUUCCGCGGUGUCUAUAAUUGUGCCACAAAUUGCUUAUUUGGAGUCUCCUGAUAUAGUCCAUAUACCUCAGCCACCUCGGGUUCGGCCGCAGUGA